AUGCAGAUGCAGGUGCCGCGCCUUGCAGCUGUUCCUUCGAGUCUCUUGCGCAAAGCCGCCACCCCGUCGUCGCUGUGUCACAGUCGCACAACUUUGCCCGUGCCCAUAAUUCCGCGAAUCCCCGACUUUGGGACCGGGGAUGCGGGAUCUUCUGCUCCCAGCGUGAUGCAACUGUUGGUUCCGCUUGCUGUCGGCCGCGCCGCCCGGCGCGGAAUUGCGGCAAUCCAGCCAAGCACAUCGCACAGUUCUUCAAGGAUUUCAGAGAUUGAUCCUGGGCCACAGCUGGCAUCGACAGAGAAUGGAGCCAUGGCUUUUGCGACAUCCGGGCAAGCCUGCGUCGAUUUCCUCUUUCGAGUUGUUCCAGGCAUGAAACAAAAGGAAUUGCUUCGCUUACUUAGAUCUGCUUGGAAUGAAGAUCCCUUGACGGCAACGAAGCUGGUUAUGCAGUUGGGCGACCCCCGCCAAGGCAAGUCCAAUCGCGACAACCAUCAGCUUUGCUUGUUGUGGUUGUGGCGGAAUUUCCCCGCAACGGUCCUUGCCAACAUAAGAUCGGGCGCACUCUCGCACCACACAUGCAUGAAGGGAAUGCUUGACUUGCUGAUGUAUGCCGCCUGGGAUGCCGAAGAUUUUCUAUCGAAAGACUUGGCUGCGCAUCCGGACAGAGGCACUGUUGGGCCUCAGAGGCAAGAGCGCAAGAGCGCGGCCUUUUUGCAGGAGAAGAAGCUGAACGGCGCAGCUCGGCGAGCCAAAGAGCAAGAGGGUAGAGCUGCUCGCAUCAAGGCAUUUUGUGAGAAACUGGCCGAAGAGGGCCUGGGGAAGGAAGAAGACUUUCGGGUCCCACGGAAGUGGAGAGACGAGUCUGUCCCUAAACGCAUGCCGUGGAUUGAGAAGGAGGAGUGGAUCUCUGACAAAAUCAAGGCAAAGUUCGCGGACUAUUGUGAGAAAGUGGAUUGGGAGAAGAAUGCCAAGUUGCACGCCGAGGCGAAGGAGCGGAUUUCCCAGCAGAGGCUCUCUGUGCGUAAGCUCUAUGCGACCGAUGCAAACCUCCGGGAGUUGUACGAUACCGUGGCAGAUGAAUUCGCGAAUUCUCUGCAGGAGUUGUGCCGGAUCCUGCAUAAGCACUCGGAAGGGCAAGAGCUGACGCGUGAGGAGCGAUUGGCCCUCACUGGCAGUUUGGUGCCAAAGUGGGCUCCUACUUCGCAGGGAAUGCAUGACAAGAGGACGGACAUCGUGCAGGGGAUUGUUGAGAGGCUCUUCCCCAAGGAGCGCUAUAUGAUCCCUGAUGGGACUUUCGAAGAUUAUGUGUCCCGAAUGAAGGACAAGUACCGCCAGGAAGUGCUAACACCACUGAGGAAGCUUACUGAAGUCCCAGAGUCCUGUGUUGGGCGCGAGCAGUGGGGCGAAGUGAACUACAACAGAAUGGCCUCGAGAUGCAGGUUGUUGUAUGGCCAAAGCGUAUAUGCAAAGCAUGAUCCGGAGCGAUAUGCGGCCCAUAUUGAAAUGGCAUUGACACGUAAAGGGGGUGUUAAGGGGGGAGCUGUCAUGCCACACGAGCUCGUCUACAAGGUCUUGGGUGAAUGUUCGAAACUGGAGGAGAGGGAGGUGGAGGCACAAUGGAGGGACUUGGUAGCAGAUGUGCGGGAAUCUGGUGCCCUUGGCCAGUGCCUUGCGGUUUGCGAUGUCUCUGGAUCCAUGUACGGGACCCCCAUGAAUGUUGCGAUUGCUCUGUCCCUCCUGGUAAGCGAAGUGGCGGAAGGACCCUGGAAUGGAAAGAUCUGCACCUUCUCCAGAGAUCCCGAAUUCGUGACCAUCCCCUCCGGCCCGACUACUACCUUGUCGAGCCGGGCCAAGGCGACGGAGGACCUCGACUGGGGCAUGAACACCGACUUCCUGAAGGUGUUCACAGAAAUGCUCCGCAUAGCCGUGGAGAACGGAGUGCCGGGAGAGAAGAUGCCGAAGACUCUCUUCGUGUUCUCAGACAUGCAGUUCGAUCAAGCGACUUGCGACGGUUACGGCAACAACUUCGACUGGAGCACAACCCACCAACAGAUCUUGCAAAAAUUCAGGACAGCUGGUUACGGGCUCCAUGUGCCAGAGAUUGUCUAUUGGAAUCUGCGUGACUCCUGUGCGCGCGGACGACUGCCGACCAUGGCGAACCAAGAAGGUGUGGUGAUGCUCUCUGGAUUCAGCCAGGGCAUGCUGAAGAGCUUUCUGAGCAACAAGCUGCCUGAGAGGACAUCACCUCUAGAGCAGCUCCGGGCAAUGAUCGAGUCUGAGUACUACGAUAAGGUUGUGGUUGCGAGCGAAGAUCUGCCACAAGCGGCACCACGACCGGGACUGGCUGAGGUGCUCUUCAGCUAG